UUUGUCCGGGCGAGCGCGGGUUAUCCGUAGCUCCGUGGCCGGGCGCCCCGUCACGUAGGUUACGCACACAAUCCCUCUCCAGGGUCCGCCUCGGCAGCUGCGCCCUCGCACACGGGGCACUCCAGCGGCCGUGACGGUGCUGGUGCGUGUCGGGGGCCCGAGGUGGAGCUGACCCAAGGCUGAGAAGAGCCUGAGCGAGUCAGGGCCGACCACGAAGCCCUACACCCGCCCUUGGGGUUGUGGGGUUCCCGCCCGCCGUUUUCCAGCUGUCUGGGCCACGUUACUCGCUGGAGGCCCAGAACUCCGUGCCCCACAAGCCCUGGCUCCCCUGCGGGAAUGUUCAAAAAUGAGUACCAGGGGGGUGCAUUUGUUGAAAUCUUCAGUGCUCAGGGGAAAAAUCCUGGAGCAAAAUGGAAGAUUCUUGGCAGUCCAUCUGUGAUUUGGAAAGAAUUUGAUAAAGAAGUUAAAAGUUUUGUGUUUGUCCUGGAAGGCAGCAGCCAAACAAACAAAAUUCAGUUACCAAAGGAAAAUAAGCAGAUCCUUGGACUGAUCCAGAGGUUUCUUGUACUUCAGAUUUACAUACCCCUGGGACAAGACUUCUCCACCGAAUUGCUAAUUACUGAUUUAGGGAAUAUCAAAAGAAGAUUGUACUUAUCAACGGUCCAUAAAGAACUGUCCUCAACCCCUCUACAUGCAAAAAUUCCACUCUUUAUGAUCAAGCGCAAAAUUUGGUGCAACCUAUGCAUUGACAUGGUAGCAUUUACCAGUGAAAUAUUUAAGGGAGCAGUUUUCCAGUCAUUGGACGGAAUUGUUGUUUCAGCUAACUGUAAGCUACGGAAGAUCUUCACAUUGAAAUCCAGGCCUCAAGAUACCGCUGAUAAAGAUGCUGGAUAUGGUGUUUCCUUUCCAACAGUUGAACCUACGGACAUUAUUCCACGAAGCUGCCAACUAACAACAGAUGUUCCCCAAGUUACACAGCUGCUAAACAUGACCAAACUACGCCAAACUAUAAUAAAAUUUGGAGGUCAUCCUCUAAGUUCAGCAGAAUCAGAUCAGUUUAUUAACAGAGGAACAGGAGGUGUGAGGAACAGUAAAAAUCAAGAUGUUUGUCAUAUUGCCUUUGGAUCCAAAGUUCUUGGACCACCUCCACUGUCUGGCAGAAGAAAUAACAUGAGGAUAUCCACUGAGACAAUAAGAUCUGUUGGGUCCAAAAAUAACCGGCCGUGCCAGAGGUCCACAGUAGAGAAGUGUGUUAGCAGUGAGGAAAGGUCACCCUUGCUGAUACCUGAGUCUGAGGAGCAAGGAGAUAAAGAAAAUCUUCACCAACUAAAGCAGACUGUACCUAUUCAUGCCAAUCUGCAUAUUAUUCAUCCACAUCCUCCUCAAGAACCAUCAGCAGAUAAGAAUAAUAACAGGAGAAGAUUAAGGUUGAAAAGCACCAGCAGAGAAAGGACAGAGACACCCAGCGGCAGCUCUUCAGGAAAUAACAGGAAUGAAGAUAGAGCGGCAGCCCUCACCUCUGCGUCCCAGCAAAAAGCAGACGCAUUGAACCUCAGCACUGCAGCACCCCAGUCUUCCCAGGAAGCAGAUGAAUGGAUAUUUCCCGAAAAUGAUGAUCACAUUUCCCAUUUGGCACCCAGCAGACAGUCUCUACUUCUGGAAGACGACUCCUGCCACACUUCACAGCUGUGGCUGGAAGCCAGUAUGGAAAGUGAACGUGACCAACAGGCAGAGAAACCCCCAAUUGUUCCAAAGGACAUUUUCACUUUUUCAUCAAGACCACGAUCGGCGCCUCGUGGAAGGACUCAGACUAUGUCCCCAGAGGGGUGCCCAUUUAUUUUGGAUCUAAAAGAGGACACCAGUGUCACCCAAUCGGAGGAUGACUUUUAUGGCAGUGACAGCAGUGAAGAGGGUAACCACAGCGUCCAGGGUUCUCCUGGUCCAACAACUAGUCCUUCAGGGUUAACUCAGUUAACAUUAGAGACCAUGCUGGAGAAGGCUGCAAGGCAGACGAGUAAAGGAUAUCUAAAAAGUGCCUACACAGAAGCAGGAGCGUCAGAAAGCCAGAAUUCCUUGGCGAAGCAGAUAGAUAUAAACAACUUUCAAACAAGUUCAGUGCCUAGAGCAUGGCUUUCUCCCCCUGGAAGAAGAAGUGAACCCUCUCAGAAAACUCCAGAUCCCAUUAUCAAAACGAAGGACACAGCCCAUCAAAUGCCAGCUUCAGUAAACAAAAGCCCCCUAAAGGAAGUCUCAGAGAAGUUGAAACCCAUUCCUGAAGUAUCGGAGUAUGACUGGAGAAACUAUCAGCCCAGCCAGAUGAGUGAAUCCGAGUUGCAAAUGCUGGCAAGCCUACGGCGGCAGCAGAACGAAGACCUGGAGGAUGCUGGGGUUUCCCAUGGCCUGAGCGCAUCCCAGGUUGACAACUGUAAUGUCAGCAUAAGUACCAGCAGUGAUGACACAACCACCUGGAACUCCUGCCUGCCACCUCCUAUUAACCAGGGUCGGCACUAUCAGAAAGAGAUGAAUCCACCAUCUCCUUCUAACCCCCGGGACUGGUUAAAUAUGCUGAGCCCACCCAUCAUUCCUCCCAGUCAGCAGCCAGCAGAGCAGCAUCAAGACUCUUCUGGAAGUCUGAGUGUCCAAGGUGAAGAGGAACUGAGUGUGGAAGAAGACGAGGAAGUGCUGACUCUUCUGUAUGACCCAUGUCUGAACUGUUACUUUGAUCCCCAGACUGGGAAAUAUUAUGAAUUGGUGUGAUCCCUCCUUCCAGGGCAAAGAAUGCCCACCCCCCAGGUGGAACAGGUCAGCAAUUCUGACUGUUGACGCUAUAAUGUGUGUGCCGGGCAGCAAGCUCGCAGAAUCAAAAGCAACUGAGAAAGGUGGAUUUCUUUUGUAAAUAAUGUUCAAUGUCAAGAAUACCUACAUUCUUUUUGUAGACAUGUGUGACUUUUUGGAACUGAAAAAGAAAUUAAUACACAGACAAGAUUUUAGGACCCUGAGUUUGUUCUUAU